AUGGAACCAUCCAUGAUCCGGUCGAAAAUUCCAUUCUUCACGUUUCUGGUUGGCGUCCUUCCCGAAUCCUCUUCCGAACAUUUCGAAUGCAUCGCCGACUCGCCGCCGACUCCUCGGGACCGUCUUGAAGACUCGGACCCGAAGAGUGACGCCAAGCGCCGAUCUUUUUCGCGAGCAUGGGUUGUUCGUGCUACGGUGAAAUGCUGUUCACUAUUCACGGCGGGAUUGGCGAGAUGUGGCAAGCCUAGCCCGAAAGCACGCAAUAAUGGCAUGGCGGUGAUUUGUCACUCAGAAAAGGUCGCCGGUAUCUCCAUGUCCAGAUUCCCGCCUGCGUAUCGAGAAUGCCGUCGGUACUUACUCGGGACUCAUUUCGCGUUGGUACAUACAUAUGGAGUAGGAGCGUUGGCGUUCGAAUGUCGCACCUCUGAUCGAAAGGAAUUGAUCACUUUCUAUCUUGUCCCCCGAUCAUUCCGCGUGGGUCACGGCGUGUCUUCCACCCUACGAAUGUUCGACGAUUCCUCCAACGUGCGCGAAGAGGCGGCUUCUUCCACGCCUUUGGGGCAUUUGCGUGUGCCGUAUCUUGGCCAGAGGAUAUCUGCCAGACUAGUGUGGUGGGUGAAGACUACUCUCCGCGGGGCAGCCGGACGUACGCCAUAG